GGCCAGUCUCACUGUCAAUCGCGGUGUCAAUUCCUCCAAUCUUCACAUUGAAACGUCCAGUCUCCCACAUGCCGCCGCCAACCAACACGAGACAAUCCAAAUUCCCCCAUUGGAUCCGACUUCUCAGCCUCAACAACGAAUGAGUGUACAAUGAGAGACCAUUUCCAUGGCCAUCCCGUCCCGUCACGGCCCGCAUGGACUAUACUGUCUGGUCGUGCAACAUCGCGUACAGCGUGAUUGUCUCCCCGGCCCGUCCCCCUCACAUGCUCAUCACGUCUAUCAUGUCUCAGGAUUGCCGUCUUUCGGCAUUGGGAUGACUGUGGGUGGCUUCCACCGCCGCCACUCAGCAUUGUCUACCGACGUAUCAUGCCACUCCAAAAACAACCCGUCGAGGUGCCAUGGUGGGGUUUCAAUGUCACGGUUCCAUUGUUAUAUACCAACACCUCUCUCUCUGUGCACUAUCUUUCUUUUUUCCUUCCUGCCUGACUCUUUUUUUCCCUAUGGCAUCAUCCUAUCCAUUCGCCAUCACGGGCUGUCCAGCCACCGCUCGUAUCCCUGCCGAGCGUCAUUGGCUAUCGCUGAUACAUAACAUCUUCUUUUGUCGUCGGCCAAAUCUUUGUUUCAUCAGCAUUCGGCAUUGGCCAAGACUGGGACCAAUGGUCACGAUCAAACAGGCUACAUAGCCUGGGGGUAUCAGCUAUAGGGUAGCCCCUGCUCCCCCAUGCUCCCUACCCAUGACCCAGGGUCGUGAGACGGCAGCCAAAGAGGCCAAGUAACAAGGGUACUAACACAAGCGUGGAACUUGACCAUGGCUCCAUAUCCAUGCAUACAUCACC